AUGAGUAAGGAAACUGACUCAAAUUCUUCAUUUGAUUGGCAUCAUCUGCUGAGUUAUAAUGGGACAUACACAUACCUCUACUUAGAAGGCAAUGUCUCCUACGUGGACUUCUACCACCAUCAGCCUUCAGUGGCAGCUGUCUUCAUUGUCUCUUACCUCCUCAUCUUCCUGCUCUGUAUGGCUGGCAACGGAGUAGUCUGCUAUACCGUUCUGAGGAGCAAACAUAUGCGAACGGUCACAAAUCUUUUCAUCUUAAACCUGGCUGUCAGCGAUUUACUGGUGGGAAUCUUCUGCAUGCCCACCACCCUCCUGGACAACAUCAUUGCAGGAUGGCCAUUUGGGAGCAUGGUUUGCAAGAUGAGUGGGAUGAUCCAAGGAAUCUCUGUCUCUGCCUCCAUCUUCACUCUGGUUGCAAUUGCUGUAGACAGGUUCCGAUGCAUCGUUUAUCCAUUUAAACAGAAGCUGACCACUUCAACUGCUGUCAUCAUUAUAGCAGUCAUCUGGAUUCUGGCCAUCGCAAUCAUGUGUCCUUCAGCAGUCAUGCUGCAGGUACGAGAAGAGAAGCAUAUAAGAGUAAUCCUUGGCUAUGGCAAUGAAACCCGCCCUGUAUAUUGGUGCCGGGAGGACUGGCCUAACCCAGGAAUGAGAAAGAUCUAUACAACAGUUCUGUUUGCCAACAUUUAUCUUGCCCCACUUUCACUCAUUGUUAUUAUGUAUGCUAGGAUAGGCAUUGCUCUCUUCAACACGGCAAUGCCUACAGUGGGAAAGCACAGUCAGGAGCAGCGACACAGUGUGUCUAAGAAGAAACAAAAAGUAAUCAAAAUGCUCAUUAUUGUGGCUUUGCUUUUCACCCUGUCCUGGCUUCCACUGUGGACUCUGAUGAUGCUCUCAGACUAUGCCAACCUGACAGAUGUCCAACUACAGAUCAUCAACAUUUAUAUCUACCCUUUUGCACACUGGCUGGCUUUCUUCAACAGCAGCGUCAACCCCAUUAUCUAUGGCUUCUUUAAUGAAAACUUUCGCAGAGGCUUUCAGGCAGCCUUUAAACUUCAGCUCUGCUCUAAGGACAUGAUCCACAAGGAGGUCUACUCCCAGCGAGGCCAAAGCAAUGCCAUUUUGCCAGCUGCCAACUACCAAACACCCCAGGAUCAAGCUUGUCAAAAUGUCAAGGCAGAGAGAAAGCCAGUUAGGAAAGGAAAUUGGAUGAAUAACCAACAGGAUGUGAUGAUGGAGGAUCUUGAAGAGUCUUACAACAACAGGAUGAAGUGA